UAAAAUUAAAAACAGUAUAAAAAUUCAAUUAAAAGAACCUAAUAACAAAUUUAAUAAAAUUAUAGAACCAACAAAAUAAUUAAACCUAAAAAAACUAUUUUUUAGUUAUUCUUUUCAUGGUUUUAAAUUUUUUGAAAUUUAUUCAUGAUAUGUACCUUUUGGAAUUGUUUUUGUUAAGCAUAUCAUUCGCAAGCACGUACUAUGCCUAACCGAACUAACUUCCUUUAAUACCAUAAAUUUUAAAGAGAGCGUUUACGUGGACCAACUUUGGUCCAUAUGCUAGGUAGCUGGGAUUCUGACUCUCCCCAACAACCGCACGUAGUCAUUCAUUCAUGUACAUUUGAUGGCGAACUCUUCAGCUUAGUCAUUUCAGUAUCUAAUCUGUCUUCAUUUCCGUUAUUAUUGCUCAUUUAACUCUAUUCUUAUUUAUUCACAGGUAUAUUAUGUCUUCUUAGGAAAUUAAAACCCACAAUGGUAGUAAUAAAAUGUGUGAGCUAAAUGCUUAUUAUGAAUUUUAUAAAAUUUGCUCAUUGAUUUGGAUAAACCAAAGACACCUUUCUUGAAGUUGUUAGAAACAUGUUCUCUUUCAGCUAUGUCAAAAUUUAGAACUUAAAAUAAAUCAAUUUGCUUGCUGGGGUAUGUCGAAUGUAAGUCCUUCUUGUCAUUGUUAUCUCACAGUCCUAUUUUAAUUAAUUAAAUGUUAUUUGCUAUGUUUUGCUCUAUACAUUUUGAUUUGGUGCAGUAUAGGUUGGUUAGAUGUAGCUGCCCAAUACAUGUUUGAUAUAAUGUCUGAAUCAUAGCAUAUAUGUACUGUUUUCAUUGAGACUUAUGAGGAUAUUAAUAAGUGUUAGCACAUUUGGUCUUUUCAAUUGCUUUUAUGUAUUUUGUUCUUUUUUCAUACCGAAUUCAUGUAUUUUCACUAGUUCUAUUUUCAUUCAUUAUUAGUAUUAUAUAUGUUUUUUAAGUUGAAUUGCAUUGCUUGUUCCUCAGCAUCCUCUGGGAGGGCUGCCAGCAAGUGACAUAUACAACUUAAAUAUAUAAUGAGAUGAACUUUUUCCUUUAUCAUGAAUGGCCUGAUCAUAAUUAUUAUGUUUUGUGAUGGUAAUUUGUGUACUGACUUUUUGCUUAUUCAUGAAUCAUGUUGUUUCGGAUAGAUUUUCAGCCUGAAUAAUCUCUUUUAUCACAAACAAUUGAGCGCGGCUUCCAAUUUUUGGGUCAUGGGGUUUCUAAGAUUUAUGAGAAGACAUAAUUACCCUUUCAAAAAUAAAACUGGGAAUCAAGCACACCUACUCCGGUGCAUGCAAAGUAGAGGUUUCUCAAAGAAUGAAGUUGUUGAUGGCAAUAAUGCCGUGCUUCCUGUUCUAAUCAUUGGAGCAGGACCCGUAGGUCUUGUUCUCUCUAUUCUUCUCACCAAAUUAGGAAUUAAAUGUGCUGUUUUAGAGAGAAACAAGACAUUUUCUAAACAUCCACAAGCACACUUCAUCAACAAUCGAUCCAUGGAGAUAUUUCGCAAAAUUGAUGGCCUUGCUGAGGAGAUCCAAAGGUCUCAACCACCAAUAGAUUUAUGGAGGAAAUUUAUCUAUUGCACUUCCCUCUCUGGUUCAGUUCUUGGAUCUGUAGAUCACAUACAACCUCAAGAUCUUGAGCAUGUUGUCAGCCCGGUCUCUGUUGCACACUUCUCGCAGUACAAGCUAGCUAUGCUACUCCAAAAGCAGCUUGAAAAUCUAGGCUUUAAAAUAUGUGCAGCUGAAAGCUCAGAAGGACAUGAACAUUUUUGUGAAAAGAAAAUCAUGAUGGGCCAUGAGUGUGUAUCUAUUGAUGCCAGUAAUAGUGACUUUCUCACCAUCACUGCAUCUACAAUUGAUAAAGGGAGGCGUGUAGAGUGGAAUAUCAAUUGUAACAUCCUCAUUGGUGCAGAUGGAGCAGGAAGUACUGUGAGAAAGCUUGUAGGAGUAGAAAUGAGAGGUGAGAAAGACUUGCAAAAGCUUGUUAGUGUCCAUUUCUUUAGCAAAGGCCUUGGGCAGUUUCUGCUUCAGGAAAAUCCUGGUAUGCUAUUUUUCAUAUUUAAUACUGAAGCUAUUGGCGUCCUUGUUGCUCAUGACCUGAGGCAAGGGGAAUUUGUAUUGCAGAUACCUUUUUAUCCACCUCAGCAAACCAUUCAGGAUUUCAGCCCAAAGGCUUGUGAGAAGUUGAUCAUUAAACUUAUUGGUCGCAAGUUCGGAGACAUAGAUGUAAUUGACAUAAAGCCAUGGAUUAUGCAUGCUGAAGUUGCUGAAAGGCUUACAUGUUGUGGCAACCGAAUACUGCUUGCUGGUGAUGCCGCUCAUCGGUUUCCUCCUGCCGGUGGUUUUGGAAUGAAUACUGGCAUACAGGAUGCUCAUAAUCUUUCCUGGAAAAUUGCUUCUGUGAUGAAGGGUAUUGCUCCAUUUUCGAUGUUAAAUACUUACGACAUUGAACGUAGACCAAAGGUAGCUUUGGAUGGAAUUUUCGCAUUAGGCCGUGCCCAGCUCUCGAAAUCUCUCCUGAAUGAAAGUAACCCUCUUGGAUCGUCAAGGUUGGCGAAGCUAAGACAUAUAUUUGAAGAAGGAAAGAGCCUUCAACUCCAGUUUCCUGCUGAAGAUCUCGGAUUCAGGUACCUGCAAGGAGCAUUGGUGCCAGAGAGUAAUGAUAUUGAUAUUCCUGCUGAAGUUCCUACAGGUCGUCGGAGGGACUACGUCCCUUCAGCGUCUCCUGGAUCAAGACUUCCCCAUAUGUUUGUGAGACUAAACAGGCUGACUGAGGAGAUUGUAUCUACACUUGAUCUUGUCUCUGGGGAUAAAGUUGAGUUCGUUCUCAUCAUAGCGCCUUUGGAGGAAUCUUAUCAUCUUGCUCGUGAAGCAUUCAAGGUUGCAGAGAAAUUCCAAGUGUCUCUCAAAGUGUGUGUUUUAUGGCCUACUGAUUCUGUUGAAGAACUUGAGAAUGGAAGCAAGGCUGCAUUAUCACCAUGGAAGAAUUAUGCUGAUGUAUAUGAAAUCAAGAGAUCAAGAAUAUCAAAUUGGUGGGAUAUGUGUAAAAUGACAAACAGGGGAGCUAUUUUAGUUAGACCUGACGAACAUAUUGCCUGGCGCACAACUUCUGAACUUGCUGGAGAUCCAAGAUUGGAGAUGCAGAGGGUUUUUUCAGCUAUAUUGGGAGUAAACUAAUAAAUUACUGUCUUGAUUAUUUCAGGAAUAUCUUUUCUCAUUUUCAUAAUAAUGAGGCUAAUUGAGAAAGAUAACUUUCUCUUAAUAGUAUUUGUGUAUUAAGAUAAUAAUGGAACAAAAUACAAUGAAGCAUCCAUAGUGCAUGUUAAUUAGCAUAAUCCAUAGUGCUAAACGAAAAGCAAAAUAAUGGGAGCAAAGGCUCUAGACUUGUAUAACAAAAUACGAAAUAACAGUUUUUUUUGGA